UAUAAUUUCAGUUCAGAAUAUUUAAACGAAAUGCAAUGUAUAAUUCAGUUAGGACGUUCUCAAGACACUAUACUAAUGGGUGGUCAUCAAGAAAAGCUAAUUGAGUUUAACCUAAAUUUGUGUAAAGAAACAAACAUAAUAAAUGCUGGAGAAAAUGGAUGUGCUAUAUUAAGGCAGAAUGCUAAUAGAACUGUAUGUUGUGGAGAUCCUACUGGAGUAAUAAAGCUUCGAGAUCCAAGAAAUAUUUCAAAAAUUAUUUACACUGUAGAGGCGCAUUCAGGCAGUUUAUCUGAUUUUGAUGUUCAUGAUAAUUUGUUAGUUAGCUGUGGAUUUAACAACACACAUGGAUCCAUGGAGCUAGAUCAAUUUUUAGCUGUACACGAUUUAAGAAUGAUGAGAUCUGUUUCUUCUAUUCCUAUGAUUAUUGAACCAUUUUUAUUAAGAUUCAUGACUUCAUACUCAUCACGCAUUGCAGUUGUAUCAACAAUAGGACAAUGCCAACUUGUUGAUACAGUUGCUUUGACGGAACAAAAUAUGAAUCUUUAUCAGAUGAGAGGUGCUGAAGAAGGAGCAAUGGCCCUUUCUAUGGAUGUAUCUCCUUCAAGUCAAGCAAUUAUAAUAGGAGAUAAUGUGAGUACAUUACAUUUAUUAACCACAGCAUCCACUCAGUUUAAUACUUUGGCAAGAGAAACAAUAUUUGCCCAAUCAAUGGAACCACCUUCUUGUGGUCCUAUCAGUAUCACAGAUGAGUUAGCUGAUUAUUCUAAUAUUCCAUUACCUCAUUGUGAUGGACCUUUAGCAUCAGAGUUACCCGAUAUAUUUCUCACUACAAUUUACAGGAAAACACCACCAAUAGAUAUGAAUAUAUUAUCUACAAUGAAAAUGAAAGGAACUGUUGGUUAUGCUCCAAACCCAAAUAAUCGCAAACGAAAUCAAGUUGCAUAUUUCAACACUAUAUCUGAGUCACAAAAUAAUGUUAAUCAUACCCGAUCAAAUGAUGAAGAAUGUGAAUCCCCAACAUUUGUAGCAAUACCUCGAAGAUAUAGAAAAAUUGAUUUGAAAUUUAAAAGUGAAGAUUUUGAUCAUGAACAAUAUAAUAAAACUGGAUUCAGUGGUUUAGAAUCCAAUGUUCCCAACUCAUACUGCAAUCCAAUGCUUCAAGUUUUAUAUUUUUUGGAACCACUGCGGAAAAUUUUAAUGUCACAUAUAUGUCAAGAAGAAUUUUGUUUAAGUUGUGAAUUAUCAUUUUUAUUUUAUAUGAUGAAUAAAUCUAAAGGGGUACCAUGUCAUUCCGGGAAUUUUUUAAGAGCCCUUCGUAAUGCUCAUGAUGCUACAGCUCUAGGACUCAUAUUGCCUGAACAUAACAAUGCCGAAAUGAAAAAUAAAAUCAAUAUCAGUAUUUUAAUUCAAAACUGGAAUCGGUUUAUUUUGCAUCAAAUUCAUUUGGAGCUUUUGAGAUCAAAAAAGAGUUUAACUGAUGAACAAGAGAAAUGUAUUUUCAAAGAUACAGAUUUUCCAACACCAACAUCAUUCAAUAAACCUUGUCGAUAUGGUAGCAAUUGUACCAGACAUAGUUGUCGAUUUAUGCAUCCUGGACAAGUACCUGCAGUUCCAGAAACAAAUAAUUCCAUGAGCUUGUCUCAGUUAUAUUACACACACUCAUGGCUACCAUUGAGUAUCAAGGCUGAACUUGAACCUGAUGGAGAAUUAAAACUAUUUAAAUAUGAUGACGAAGAAGAAGAUUGUAAAUCUUCCAAUAUAUAUGAUUUGCACGCUGUUGUAUGUUAUAUACAUGAAGAUCGUAAAAAUCUUGUAUCUAUAGUGAACGUGAGCAAAGCUUAUCAUGAACAUAUAUCAGCUAGUAACCCAUCAUCUCAAUGGUACAUAUUCAAUGAUAUAAGUGUGUCCCCAGUCAUAGGACAAGAAGCCGUUUGGUUUAGUUUGGAUUGGAAAAUUCCUUGUAUUUUAUAUUGGGUGUCAAGAAAUAAUGAAGUCAAUAUUGAUAUUGGAAGUGAUGCUAGUGACCCGGUUAUUACAGCUAAAGUGUUCACUGAAAGUGUUUAUUUGAAUUCUUCAUCAAAUAGUAAUGAUGUUAUUUUAGAUGAAGAAAUUCCUAAAUCAGGUGAACUGGUAGCUAUUGACGCUGAAUUUGUUACUCUUAAUCAAGAAGAAUCUGAAAUAAGAAGUGAUGGUCGAUUGGCCACAAUUAAACCUGUACAAAUGGCUGUGGCAAGAAUAUCAUGUAUUCGAGGUGAAGGUCCAAAUGAAGGCAAACCUUUUAUAGAUGAUUAUAUUUCAACUCAAGAGCAAGUUGUUGAUUACCUUACAAAAUUUUCCGGUAUCAAUCCUGGUGAUUUAGACAUUAGCAGAAGUUCUAAAAAUCUUACCACUCUCAAGUCCACGUAUAUGAAAUUGCGGUAUUUGGUUGACAAUGGAAUUAAGUUUAUUGGCCAUGGUCUAUACAAUGAUUUUAGAAUGAUCAACUUGAUGGUACCACCUGAACAAGUAAUCGAUACUGUAGCCUUAUUCCGACUUCCACAUCAACGGAAUGUAUCGCUGCGUUUUUUAGCCUGGCACUUUUUAGGGAAUAAAAUUCAAUCUCUUACUCAUGACUCUGUUGAAGAUGCUCGGGCUGCAUUACAAUUAUAUCAAUGUUACAAAACACUUGAAAAAGAUGGAACGUUGCAAGCAAGACUAGAAGAGCUUUACAAAUGUGGAAAAAAGAUGCUCUGGGUUGUGCCUGGUGAAUAGAACAAAUGUGUGAUACUUAAAUAAUAUAUU